AUAUUGCUGUCAAGGGAAUUCCAAUAAAUCUGACCUUGGAAUGUGACACAGUGGUUGGAGCACAAGUCAAGUCUAUUUGGGAAUUGGGUGAUAGUAGUAGCAACGUAACUGGUACUACGUUCACUACAACAACAACGAAAGCUACUUUUAUGAAAGACGUCACUUUUAUCACUGUGACCCUUGGCCAGACUGUGAAAACAUACACGGAAGAUCCCUUUACAAGCAUAACAUCCCAGACAACAGUUGAUGUCUAUAAUGCCAUUCCAUCUGUGGAGGUCACACUGAGUGCCUUUCAGAUAGCCCCUUCAGGAAGUGUAAACUUCAAUUCAAGUGUACCUUCAACUCCUGGUAACUAUGGAAACGUGUUCUUCAUUUUCAAUUUUGGAGAUGGUUCAGCAGCUGAUAACAGUUCUAGUGGGAGUGUCUCACAUACAUUUACAGCCAUAGGGAAUUAUAGUAUUACAGUAACGGCAACCAAUGGGCCCAGUUCGGUCUCUGUGACCCGGUUUGUGGAGGUGCAUGAGCAGAUAGCAGGGUUGAACCUGACCUAUGACGGACCGAAAAUGACCAAUGAUCCUAUCACUUUUACUGCAAAUGCUUCCAGGGGAAACUUCUUGACGUACCAGUUUGAAUCCACACUUUUCAAUGUUACUCAGAAAUUGAGUACUUUUUCACACACGUUUGCAAACAAAGGAAACUAUCUAAUCACGUUGACUGCCUCUAAUGCAUUGAGCUCCCAGCAUACAACACUGACUGCUUACAUUUUGAGCCCGACAGAGAUUUUGAUUGUUAGUUUGAAGUUGAAUGGGACAGCAAUAAGUGGCUGCUAUGAGACAAACCUCAGUCAUACCCUUUCUGUUGAAGUGAUACACUAUGACAAAACCAGGCUCCUGUAUGAUUGGGAUUUCGGCAACUCUGUGGUAAUUUCCAAUUCCCUAUCCACGCAACAUCAAGGCUAUACCUUUGCAGGCAACUUUACACUCAAGGUGACUGCUAAAUACACACCUCAAAAUGCGUCUAUACAACAGUCUGUUGACCUGUGCCUUGAAGAGAGAAUAUCAACACCUGAAAUACAAUUAACCAGUCCAGUAGCCUUACCACCAUCAGGUACUGCUUCCAAAAACGUCACUGUUACUGUAAGGACCGGAAGUCCACUGCACUAUCAGUGGUUAACAAAUGCCACCACUACUGGCUCAGCAACUGGUUCCAGCAUUGGGGUUCAGUUCUUAGGGGAGGGAUACUACAACUUAAAUGUUACGCUGAACAAUAAUAUUAAUACAGUGGCUGUUAGCAAAGUUGUACAAGUGAUUCAGGAGAUAAGUGGACUGGCCAUAUCCUGUACAUCAUGUAUCACCAAGGCAGGAAAUUUCUAUGUUCAGCGAAAUGUUGCAAAUAAUUACAUGGUUUCCAUAUCAACAGGCUCUCAAGUGACGUACUCUUGGGACAUGGGUGAUACAAAUACAUCCCAAGGAGCCACCAAAACUCACCGGUACGGUGCAACAGGUCAAUACAACAUUACCGUCACUGUUAGUAACCCUGUUACGUCAUCAUUGAAGAAAACGGUCACAAUUCACGUUGAAGAUCCAAUCACUUCAGUGACUUUGGAUUUUAGUGGUUAUGACUGGUUAGCAAACCUUGUACCUGCAACAACUAAUAUUAAAAACCUAGAUAUUUCAAAGAUAGGAAAGUUCCAGGUUGCUGUUCAGCCGACAGGCAUGUCUUUGGAAUAUUCAUGGACAUUCGACACAGGAUUAACACCAUUAGUUUCUACUUCUAACCAAGGAUCUUAUUCCUACACAUCUCUAGGAUGGAAAUCUGUCACUGUAAAAGCAAGCAAUUUGCUGAACAACAUGACAUCAGCAACACUUGGGUUUUAUGUCAUUACCGCAAUAACAGAUAUAAAUGUAACAGAAAAUGGCAAUCAGCUGUCAACCACCAGUAACUACACUGUCGGGAUUAACAAGCCUUACACCUUCACAGCUACCUCCAACCAGGCCACUCCUGGCUCAGUCACCUACCUAUUUAUUGUCCGGGAGAACGGUGUUCUUGUAGCCAUCUCCAAUAAUGAUACUUCCCCAUCUUACACUUACAAUUUCACAUCAGAAAAGUCUUACAGGCUGUUAAUAUCAGUAAAAAACUCUCAGACUCCUACCAAUUUUGAGAAAUCGUACAACAUUGAGCCAAUCAAGUCAAUAACUGGAGCCUUCAUCACGGCCCCUGCUGGGGAAAAUGGAAACAUAACCCUGGGGUCAUCCAUCACACUGACAGGUGGCUGCGCAGAUGGGAAGUAUCCUAAAUACAGAUGGUAUUAUGCUCAAGCCCCUGCAGGGGAGCUCAUUCCAACACAUCCUACCAACACCACAGUGAUAACCAUCACCCCAACUCAAGUGGGCAUGUACAUCAUACAACUGGAAGUGUACAACUAUGUGUCAAUACCACAGAAUGCCACCUACAGACUGAAUGUUCAGACUGGUGUCUCAGGUGUUAGCAUUGACGUGUCUCUGCCGUUUCCCGAUGCUGUUGAAAUCGGGUCUUCAAAAACUUUCAAUGCGGUUGUCACAGCGGGGACUGAUGUCACAUAUAAUUGGACCUUGUACGAGAAUGGUUCGAAAAUUGGAACUGGAGAUCAUCAGUUUUACAAUGUGAACUUUUCAAAGCAAGCUUUGUAUAACAUUACAUUGGAAGUGAAGAACUUUGCCAGCUCAGAAUCGAAAUUCAUUGAAAUCUAUUCAUUGAUUCAUGUGCCUUAUUUUGAGCUGGAAGUCAUUGGUGGAAGUCAGAUAUCUGGUGGAAGUGGGAUAGCAGCCAAGACUGGUACAAGCCUUACUUUCCUGCCCAACAUCAGUUUUGUAAGCUUCAUAAGCUUUCUUUAUACAAUCAACGGAACCAGUGAAAAGAAUUCGAGCACGCUGGCAAAGACAUUCUCCUCUGCUGACCAUUACAUAGUGAGUCUGAAUGCAGAAAACAAGAUUAGCACCCAGAGCAGCCAGCAGUUGAUUGUUAUCCAGGACCCGAUAAUGGGACUGGUAGUGCAAGGUUGUAAUCACACAGUCCUGCUUGGCACUGCAUACACUCUGAUUGCCUCACAGUCGCAGGGUACAGAGGUCUCCUACAGUUGGACCAAGGAUGGCGCAGUAUCAACUGGUCCCUCAGUGGUAGUCCAGUAUGAUAUCGUGGGAAAUUACAGCGUAAACCUGAACGCCGAGAAUUACGUCAGUGAUAAGAUGCUAUACUGUUAUGUAACCUAUCUUGGAGUAAUUGGUAAUCUGCAAAUAACCAAGUCGCAUUACAGUUACCUUAAUUUCCCAGUGACGUUCACAGUUUCAGGGGUUUACAUAGACCCGGCUAAUUUCACAUGGACGUUUUCGCAUGGUCCAGGUCCGGAGCACACAAAAUAUCCUAGCUUGACAAUUACAUUUACAACAGCUGGAUCUUACGACCUCUCCGUUGUCGUCGACAACGGAGUCAGCCAGGAUGUAGUAAACUUCACCUUUGUAAUGGAGGGCCUUCUUUGUUCCGUUCCAAAAGUGUCUCCACACGGAAGCCUCCAGCGCACAACUCUCCGCUCAAGAGUGAUUGAGUUUGCUGUUACUGUGGAAACUAAUGACUGCAACAAGUACACCUCAGCAAAUGAGUGGGUCAUUUAUCAGGCAAACUCAUGCUCAGCACCACUGAAGAAUAUUUUCAACCUAAGCAGUUCUGUCCACAUCAACACUCCUGAACUGCGAGUGCCAGUCCGGACUCUCAGCUAUGGCACGUACUGUGUGACGUUCAGACACCAGUACCAGAAAACCCCUGUAACUGAGACAGUUAAGUUCAAUCUGACGAUUGAGCCCACUGAUCUGGUGACCAUCAUAGCUGGGGGAGAUGAGUUGAGCACAGUGGAGGGUUCAGAACUUACCCUUGAUGGCACGCUUUCAUAUGACCCUGACCUUGAACCAAACACAGUGCUGGGAUACAGAUGGUCAUGUCUACAAACUGCUGGAAUCAACACAGGUGUUUGUUCCAAGAUCAAUACUGUGACGUCUUCUUUGGUGACCUUGACCAGCUUAACCUUGACCUCUGGAGAUGAGUACAAUGUGACCUUGACUGUGACAGCUCCAGGCAGAAUCAGUAGCAGCAAGUCACAGCUGAUCCACAUUGCUUCGAGUACCAUACCCAGAGUAGAGACCACCUGUGUGUCCUGCAUUGCAAACGGACAUUAUACCCUGAUAGCCAGCAAGAGUGUGUCCAUAGAAGGAAAGUGCCUGUCAGGCUGCACUGCACUAACAUCCUACAGUUGGACUGUUACUGACAUGUCCACUAACACACCAGUCAGUGUUAAUAGCACGGCCACCACAACGGGUACUAACAAACUGAAUUUUGUUCUUAAGGCUAACGCGCUGUCUGGUUCAAAGAACUAUGCCUUCAAACUACAGGCCACUGAGGGAUCCAAGUUUGGAUACGCCCAGUUUGUUCUGCCACCCAGUUCCAUACCUUCUGGAGGUCUGUGCACAGUUUCCAAGACAUCCAAUGUGAUCCCUCUAAAGGACCGACUGAUGAUAUCUUGUCAGAAUUAUGUAGAUCUAGACACAAUGUCUGGAAUAUAUUAUCAGGUGAAAGUGAUCAGUACGAGCAAGGCAGAGGAAUAUAUUGCCUACUACGGCACCCGGUCUGUCAACUGGAUCUACCUGGCUCCAUUUGCCAACACCAGUUUUGAGGCUAUCACGAUCCAGGUGAAUGUACUGAAUGACUACGGGUCAAAAGGAACAGGAAAUACCUUCACUGUAAGUUUUGCUCACCCGACACUAGCCGCAAACCAAGCGAACAAUGUGGACUUCAUUAGAGAUCACAUGAUCAGCACGCUUCCAACGAUUGUGAACCAGAACAAUCCUGUUCUUCUUGUCCAAUACUGCACUGCGGCUCUCAGCUUCCUCAACGACCAAUCACAGCAAGGGGUCAGCUCAAACGAGAUACGCAUGGCUCUUAGGGAGGUUGUUGCACAUUCUCUGAGUGGACUCCCACUGGGCAAUAUCUACACUGUUCAGCAGAUGUCAAAUGCUAUUGAAUAUCUUGCGGCCUUUCCAAAUGAGCUCUCUUCCAAUAUCCUGCAAAUUGUCAGCAGCGAAAUAGAGUCCUUGGCAAAAGCAAUGGAGACCAUGGUAAAGAAAGGCCACGACCAGACAGACUACGAACCUGACAAGCUCCUCAACACCAUCACCAACAUCCAGAGGGCACUGCAGCUCACCACGACCAACAUCAGUGACAUUGGCACCCUCGCAAUGUUUGGUGACCUCAAGAAGUACCAGCUAGAGGUCAGCAGUGGCGUUGCCGUGAAGGUGUAUGGAAACCUGGAGGAACAGAUCAAAUCCAUGAUAAUAAAGACCGUGGAGUACACCAACCAGCUCAUGAUAGUUCCAUUGAGGUCCCUUCUUGCUGACGAGGAACCAAUACAGAUCAAGCUCAGUGAUGGUUCGGUAACCAUGGGGAUGCACGUGUCCGUGAACAAAUUGCAGGAGGACUUCCAGGUUGCAGGGGUCAAAUUGGAUGUACCACCCAGUGUGGUCGCUUACACGUCAUACUCUCAAUCUUCCAUUUUUGAGCUGUUCACCGCCAGCACAAUAAACCCGUACAAUUUCGGACUUGACACCUCAGACCUUAACACAAACACACUGUCCAUUGGAUUCUACAGCAUUGAUGGGAGCACAGUGAAGGUGGCAAACCUUCCCGAUUCCUCAGCAAUCACCAUGUACCUGUUUGAUCGGGAUAGCACCCCUUACGUUAUCAAUAGCUCAGGGCUAGUGUACUCCAACAGAUAUGAUCCACUGGGCAACAUGAGCUAUUCAACCAGCAGUAAGCCACUGAAGGGCAACACCAACUACCAGACCAGUACACUGACCCUCCCUUCUGCAUCUGGAGAAUCUCUGCAUGUUCAGAUCAGGGUGAAUUUCACAGACUCAGUCAGGAGAACUAACUGCAACGCUGAAGAAGAAUGGUCUAUGAUGGAUGAUCUAAAGCAUGAUCACAGGGAAUAUACGUUCUACAUUCCACCAAGUGAAAUGGAUACCUCCAAUGAUGUAUUCAAGGUGGUGGUAUCUGCUAACCAGAACGUGGAGGUGUCUGUUGGCACCUAUUUCUCACGCUGCCUCUAUUUUGAUGAGACCUCCACUGCUUGGUCUGAUGAUGGGUGCACACCACAGGCAGAAUCUGUCGCCCAGGUUACGGUCUGCAAGUGUAAUCACAUGACCUCAUUUGGUGGAACAUUCCUGUUGUCACCUGAUGAAAUAGACUUCACUGACCUGACACGACUGGACCUUGCCAACAAUCCAGUGGCCAUCAUCACAUGCAGCGUGCUUGCCUUCCUGUAUAUUGUGCUGCUGAUAGCCUGUCGACGAAUGGACCGCAUUGAUGUGAACAGAAUCUCGCUGAUCCCACUGUGCGGCAAAGAUGGCUCCUUCAAAUAUGAGGUCACCAUAGUUACCGGAAGAUUGCCUGGAGCAGGAACCACUGCCCAUGUUGGUAUACGCCUCCAUGGUGAUUAUGGCAAGUCAGCUCGCCAGCAUGUUAGCAAGCCUGGGGCUUUCGGACGAAACUGCUCAGACAUGUUUAUCAUUGCCUAUGACGUCAACCUUGGAGACCUGAAAAAGGUUCAGAUAUGGCAUGAUAACACGGGUCUGUCGCCUUCAUGGUACCUGAGUCAUGUGAUUGUGAACGACCUUCAGACCGAUCACAAGUACUAUUUCUUUGCGAACUCUUGGUUGUCCUUGCAGGCAGAAAAUGGGUCCAUACAAAAGGAUAUUAAAGUUGCAACCCCAGAAGAGAUGCACAAGUUCGGCCACCGCAUGUCCACGGCUGUGUUCAACUCACUGGCAGACAAGCACCUGUGGCUCUCCCUGCUCAACCGUCCCGCGCAGAGCAGAUUCACGCGGGUCCAGCGCCUCACCUGUUGCUUCACACUUCUGUUCACCUUUGUCGGCAUGAACGCCAUGUGGUAUGGUCUCCUCAAGACAACCAACGAGGAUCUUGGAUGGGACAAUUUCGGCUGGGAGGAAAUGGUGCUUGCGCUCAUAAGCAAUGUCAUGGUGCUGCCGUUCAGUAUCGGCCUCAUCUAUCUGUUCAAGAGGAGCAAAUCUAAGUCCAACAUCUUUGACCGUAUUCAGAAACCCCAGACAGCUCAGACUCUAGAGAUAGAAAACUACUGUGAAGAUUCCCAGGCCGGGUCCCUCAAUAGUUCCAACAUGGGCGCCAUUCCAUAUGACCUGGAAAGGGAGAGCACCAUCGACUCUGUGCCAAAUGCCCCAGCCAGGUCCCUCAAACGAUCCCGCCAUGUUGCCAAGACUCACCGCGAGAACACAGACGACAGUCUGUACCAGAAGCCGCGACCAUCUGUGGCAGUAACAAAUUCCAGCUCAGAUCCACUGUGGACAAACGACGCCAUUUUACAGUGGCCCGAUAACGUGCCUUCGUAUGAGGACAGCAACGAUUCACGUCCCUCCACCAGCUCUACAACUUCCAAUCAGCCCACAGUACGGCAGGCUCCCUGCAAACCAGGCGGGGCCACCCAGGAGGCCAGAAAGUCGCAAGGGAUUCACAGCAAGGAAGAUGCCAGUCAACUGCUGGAAUAUCUUGACAAGAUGGAGACCGACCUGAAAGAGACUGAGACCAAGUCUGUCAAGUCUCAGGGCAGCAAACGCUCGAGCCACUCACUGAGAAAGGCCUCCACAACCAAAUCCUCGCAGUGGGGAAGCUUGGAGGACAUCCUGAACUCGGACGAUGAGAGCCUCAUAGACGGGGGCAAGCAGAGGGGCAUGAAAAAACGAGGCUCCACACUCAGCCAGGCCAGCUCACAGCAAAAAUUCAACCCAAGGUCUGAUCCCAGGAUCAAUGGCAAUGGAUCUCAUUGGCCGAAAACUCGUGAGUCACUAGCCAGCAGAACGUCUGCUGGAGGUUCCUUCUCCCAGCGACCCGGCACAACAGGCGUAACUGCUGGACUUAGACCUGGUUACUACAGCGAGAUGACAAUGGAGUCCCACGACGUGAAGAUGCAUGCGCCCAAGGAGAAGUGCACGCUGCCCCACUGGUGCGUGUACAUCGCAUACGUGAUCUGCCUGAUGCUCAGUGCCUUCUCCACAGUCAUGGUGGUCCUCUACUGCUUCCAGUUCGGCUACAGCGAGUCCAUGCAGUGGCUGCUGGCUCUAAUCCUGUCUCUUGUCAUGAGCUUCCUUGUCAUCGAGCCCCUAAAGGCCUUCCUUAUUGCCGUGUACGUGGUUGCUAUGAUGAAGAGUGUGGAAGAAGAUGAGGAUGAUGACCAGAUAGAAAUCAAACCAACCUUUGACAACUCAAACGAAAAGAUCAAGGACGAGAAAUUCCGGCCUAUCGGAGGUUUUGCCCUGGUUCGAGCCAAGGAGGAAGGUCGUAGAAUACACCGUAUGAACAUCAUGAUUCGCCAGUUUGUCGCGUAUGUUUUCUACCUGUGGCUGAUGAUGGCGAUUGUCUACAUACACUUCAGUUAUGACUCCUAUCUGAUGACCAAACAGGUUGAACGUGACUUUUUUACCCCGAAAACAGCAUCUGGACAGAACUUCUCAAGAAUCAGGAGUAUUGAAGAGUUCUGGGACUGGACAGAGAACGUGUACACUGACUCGCUGUACCUCAAGGACACGGCUACAGACGAGGAACAUGGCUAUCUACUGGGCCCGGCCAGAAUGAGGCUCAUACGUGGACUAACAUCCAAGUGCCAGGCCUCUAACGCUGCAGCCCACUACGGAGCCUCCACGCUGACAGACCGUACGUGUCACGGAGAGGGGCAGUACGAGGAGGACACUGGCACCUACAAAGAGGGAUGGAACGGCAGCAACUCUAAUGGCUCAUGGAAACAUUACUCAGCCACUCAGCUUGGAAGCACCCACAAGCUUGGCCAUGUAGCCAUCUACCCUGGCGGUGGCUACCCCAUGGAGCUGGGUACGACCUACCACGAGACUCUGACCAUCGUCCAGGACCUCAAGGACAAGGGCUGGGUCGACCUGCUGACCCGGGCAGUCAUCUUUGAGUUUGCUCUGUAUAGCCCGGGCUCCGACAUCACGGCAAUGGUGGCCAUGCUUGUUGAGUUUCCACUUACGGGAGGCGCCAUCGCAAGCUAUGAAGUACAGAGCGAGAAACUGCUGUGGUUUGAAGACGGGAAAGUGGACCCACUCAUGGUUCUCGAGUGCAUCUUGUUCCUGGUUUGCCUCUACUCCUGGUUGCACCUGACCCUCCAGAUACGAGAGCUGGGCCGGCAGUUCUUCAAGGACUGGUGGAACUAUUACGAGAUCGCCACCACCCUCAUGACAACUGUCACUGUGGGGAUGUACAUCGGCUGUGUUGUCGAGGCCACCAGCACAUUCAACGAGUUCUUGGCAAAUAUGACUAGUUUCACAAAUUUCGAGCGGACCGCGUAUAUACAUGUGGGAACAAGAUACCUCCAGGCGUGGUUGCUGUUCCUUCUGAUGUACAAGGUGGUGAAGCAGUUGCGUUUCGUCAAGUUCAUGAAAGUGUACGAAAAAACAUUGAGUGCAGCUUUCAGCCACCUGCUGGGUACAGGCCUGAUUUUUCUCAUACUGCUCAUGGUGUACGCACAAGUGGGAUACUUGUUGUAUGGCCGUGUUCUGGCAGAGUUCGAGACAGUGGGUCAUGCAGCCAACACACUCCUUGUGAUGAUUCGUGGACAUUUCAACUUCCUACCGAUGCUGGACCAUCAAGAGACCUUUACCCACUUCUAUGUGUACUCCUACUAUGCCUUUGCCUACGGUAUCAUGGUUGCCCUGGUGGUGGCCAUACUGCAGAGCACGUACCACACCAUCAAGUCCCAGCAGACCUUCAAGGCCAGUAUCGAGAUGCAGGACCACGAAAUGAUUGAGUUCAUGUUGAAGAGAUUCAAACUCUGGGCUGGCAUACAAAAACCUAAGCCGGCAUUCCGUCGCGUGAGAUUUCCAGGGUUCCCGUCGAUAUCUAGUCGGAGUUCGUCUAGCUAUUCCAAUCGCAGUUCCGCAUCCGAGCAGACUGUGCCAGCGACUGUCGUGGAACAAGAGUUCUCCCGUGUCCAGCUUAAUAGCAUGAUGGCACGACUCACUCCAACCUGGAAUGCAGUCUUGAAACGCAUGGAGAAGCUUGAAGUCUUAGAAAAUGAUGAGGAAGUUCUAGUCAAGAAAGCAGAGAAUGAGAUGAAAGAUCUGAACUGGAAAUGCCGCAUAAACGAGCUGGAGCGCCAAAGAAAGGAGCUCCUGAACUGGAAAAAUCAGCCCGGGGGCAGUUCCAAGGCUCCAAGUGGGGAGGGGGCUACUCAACCUAGACAAUCAGUGGGCAAACGUGGGCCCAACAGAGACAACACGGAGCGCAAGGCUCCUGCUACAGUCACAGGUGGCGCCACUCGAGAUCAACCCUCGGGGAAUCCUGGGGACGAGCAGGGAGCCACAGGCGGGCGGCGGCCCCUCAGUUAUCAGGGGGCACGUCUAGAGGGGACUACGCCCGGGACACGGAGAGCGUCUUCCCAGGAUAAAAAUACACAGGACAAAAACACGCUACAGAAGUUUCUAAAAAGUGUGAAGCCUUCAAAGGCCGCAUGGAAUAAGUGAGUGAAUGGCUUCGAGUGUUAGAUUAUUUAUAUGUAUAUACAUUACAUGAUAUAUAUUCAGAGUAGGGAUUGAAUCUUAAAGGGUAAAUAAGAUAGUUGGGACUUUUAUUUGAUCAAAUAUUUCUCCAAGCAGGUGGACAAUUGUUGUUAUUAUCAAUCACUCUCAUAUGCCAAAUAAUCAUUUAUGUCUUUCAUUAGUGCUAACAUGUGAGGUAAUGGACUCACAAUUCCAAAUAAACACUUCCACGCGUUUAGAGAGUGUAAUGAUGCGCAAAUAAGUAGACAAUUGUUGUGAAAAGCGCAUAUAGUGUUUGGACACAUGUGUCUGGUAAUAGUACCCGUGUUACCGCUAAGUAGCUCAAGAAAGGAUGGAGUGCUCAGAGUGCCAACACAAACUGCUGAUAUAAGGAGACCAGACAGUCAGAACUAACUGUGCUUAUCAAGGGAGAGAAUUCAUAUGCUGAUAAAAACAGUAUUCCAUAAACAGAGCUGCUGAUGUCACCUAUAUGUGAUACAUUUACUUGAAUUGUUUGUUUAUUUUGAAAACACAUUAUUGUUUUAGUCAAAAUCUUAUUAUGUUUUUUUGUUGUUUCUUUGUUCAGUUGUUCUUGUGUGAUACAAUCAGUUUGUGCCAACUGUCUCCUUUUAUAUUAACAUGUAAGUUUCCUUAGUUGUGAAGCUAAGAUGAAUAGUUUUGUACAUUUUGGAAUUAUUUACAAAAACCUGAUUAGUGAUAUACGUAUAUAGCUGCCAGCAAUUUGCUGCUGAUAUAUGCUUACAUAUACCUAUAUGAACAUUCCAAUUUAUCGAUGAAACAUUAUUGGAAUAAAAUGAAAUAAUAGGUAUGCAUUAUACAUUUAUUAGCUCUGUAUUGGUUCCAUUUGGUACAGACAGUGUGUGGGUAACUAAUCUUCUUCUACUGGUUUGCAUGCAGAUGCUAGGAUAUUCCAAUGACUUGCAAUAGUUAGUUUUAUACUGAUGAUACAUAUAGAACAAUAAUGUAGUUUAUUAUGUUAGAAAUAAAACAUCAGGUUUUACUAGUUACAGAACUGUCAUAGUGCCUGUCCUAUGAUAAUGUAGAUGUAAAUUGAAAUACGUAAUUUCAAACUAAAUGUGCAUUACUCUAAGUGCUUCUUCAUUCGAUUGUGCUUUUUUUUAUAUUCAAAUACAUAUUUCUAGAACUAUGUUUACAUAAGUUAUCUUUGAUACCACAGUGCCUUAUCAUAGAUUUAUGUAUGAUUGUUUGUAUUAAUUUUACCUACUGCUGAUCAGUAAGAUUGCUUUACUAGUAUGUGCCUUUUGGGUUAAUUGUAAUUAACUUUUGUGAGGAAGUGCAUUAAAAGAUUGAAUGGUUAUUCCACCAAAAAAAAGCUAAUAAAGAUGUUAAGAAGGCUAAUAUAAGCAUGGAAACAUCUAGAAUUGCGAUUAAUGAUGCAAAUGUUUUUGCCUGUUAACUGUACAUAUAUAUUUGAUAGUAUAUAUACCUUUAUUUAUAUAUUUAUUUAUAAAAAAAAAACACAAUGCAUUUAUAUCUAAUCACAGGAAGUGCUGAUGUUUGUGAUAAUCCGUGAGAAAUCCGUCCAAGAUAUAUUUAUUUAUUUCCUUUUGCAUCAAGAACUUUGUUUAUUGAUUUUUUUCUAUUUGGCCAAAUAAAAAUAGCCAUGUUUCUGGUUUCCUGUCCGAAUAAACAAAUGUAAGAAGGUAGAUGGGAUGAGAAUUGUUCAUAUACAUGAAGAUUUACAAAAUAACGCAGAUGGGUCCCAGCAGAUUUAAAAUAAAUAACAAAUAUGCCAGAAGUGAAAAUUCCUGUUUAAAUUUUGAAUAAUUAAUAAUUAUAUAAUUAUUUCAAAGGCUAUUCUGCAUUCAACAAGCUUUAGAACAAAAAAAAUGGGCGGCCAUUAAAAAGGAGCAGGUUUUUUGGGGACCAGAAACACAAAUAAUUUUUUGUUGGCCUUGAAGUUCAUCAUAAUUUGAAUGCCUAUGUGCCACUGUACAACAUGACAUGACAGUAUUUAAAGUAUUAUAGAUUGUGUGAUGUAAUGUUCAUGUAGGUCUGUUACAAUUUUGCUCAGUGACAUUCCGGUGAUACCAAGUAUUAUUAUAACCUGCGAUACAAACUAAAAUGGGUUUAUACUGUGAUCACUGCAGAUAACUGGCAUUAGACCUUAAUUGUUGGAAACGGUUAUCCAACACUAUUCAAUGUUCAACAUUCAAACAUGCUUUGCUUGUGUCUUAUAAAAUUAAGUUGUGCAUGUGCUCUUUUUUUAUCAUCAAACGUUAAAAUUUACAAAAGUUGUGCUCCUUUUUAAACUAAGAUUUUUUUAAACUUUUUAUUGUUCCUAUUGAAUUAAUUAGUAAAAAUACACGUCUCUGAAACUCAAAUGCCCAGAUGUGUUAUAUUGUGUAUGUUACAUUGUGUAUCGGCUUGUUACUUAUUUUCAUCAAAUCAUGACACAGGGUCAAAACUACACGCACACAGGGGUCAAAUAGUUUGCAAAUAAUAAUUAUAUAGCAAAAUAACUAUAAAGAAUCUUAGUCUCUGAAACCACAUGGCUUAAAGGUUUAGUAUUUGGUAUCUUACAUGGUAAAUUCUGUUUCUCUACAAACUUUUUCCAAAUAAUGCCUAUGGGGUCAAAACUGGACACGUCCCACUGUCCGAUUGUUACAACUUGCUACAUAUUACUACAUGCAGGGUUAGUAUGUGUCUCUUGUUCCCGGGACAAGCUAUAGUCAUUACUUCAUUUUAAAAAGCUGGUAGUCACAAAGAGUUUUAGUUAGCUUUUAAUGGUGUGUUUUAUGCAUGAUCAUUGAUAACACUGGCCUUUUUUGCUCUUUUUGAUUGGAAAAUUGGUGAAAAAAUUAGCACAAUAAAAUUGACUAUUACAGUUAUCUGUGAUGAGUUUUCCAAUCUAUAUUUGAUUAGAAGGAUAAACGUUAAAAAAACUGCUUUGUAACUAGUUUUCUUUUUUACAAAAGGGUACAAUGUAAAACAUUAAAGGCUAAUUUACACGUUCCCAAAACUUGUCUGAAGAACACCAUAAAAUUAAUAGCCAGGGACUUUGUUUUGUAAAUACCUGACAUUUUCUCAAAUUGUUUCGUAAAUACCUGACAUUUUCUACAAAGUUGUUCAUGGAAAAAAAUGUAUAAAAAGUGCCCAAAAAAAAGAAACAUUAAGAAAUUAUAGUACAUUCCAUGCAUUCCUCAAGAGGUAUGUAAAUAUUAUAUUAACUAGAAAUAAAAUUGAUUGUUAGUUUAAUAUUUUAUUCAACCUUUCCUUUAUAUCGAGUUUUAUUGCACAAUAUCAAUAUAUUUGUAACAUUUUUUAAUUUAUUAUUUAUUUGACAAAUGACUAACAUUUACAUAAAUGACAAUCUCUUCUGAAAAAAUGUUUUUGUACUAGAGUUGUUGUACAACAAUUAUUAUUUUAUGUAAUGUAAUAUAUCAUCCACACUAAUUAUGUUGCUAAUUUAAGACUGUAUUUAUUUAUUCCAACAGUUUAAUGUUAAAAAUUGAUGUUACUUUCUUUAAUAUAAAUCUCUGGUAAGUAAUUAAUAUAGAGAACAAAUAAGUUGCUGAAAUUUUAUUCUUUUUAAAACUUUUGCAUUAAAUGACCUUUAACGCAACAAUUUUUAUAAUCAAGUCAAAUACAAAUUAUGCCCAUGCCUAUUUUAUCUUAUAAAUUUUUUAAGUGAAAUAAACCCCAUACUUGUUUACGUUUAUUAUUUGAUCUGCUUUCGAGUAUACCUAAGUUUAUUUAAUGAAUUGUUUUUAUAACAAAAUACAAAGUUGUUCACGUUAUGUCAUGUAUUAUAAAACAUGAUGUCCGUAUUAUAUUUGAAAUAUGAUUAUCAAUGUUAAGUUUACAUAUUGUUUGUUUGGUACAAAGUUUAGCUCAUCACUGCAUAAGUUUUUGACGAAGUCAUGCAUUAUAAAUUAAGCUUUUGUAAUGUAUUAAUGACUGAAUAAACCCAUUAAA